UGCUUUUAUGACAACUCAAGUUUUUUUUCGAAAACCGCUUCCUCAUCCGGGUCCUUUCUCAACAAGUAAUCGGCAUGGGUCGUAUGCACAAUCCCGGUAAGGGUAUUUCCCAGUCAGCACUCCCAUACAGGAGGUCGGUGCCUACAUGGCUGAAGUUGACAUCUGAAGAUGUACAGGAACAGAUCUUUAAAUUAGCAAAGAAGGGUCUCACCCCAUCACAGAUUGGUGUGAUCCUUAGGGACUCCCAUGGAGUUGCUCAAGUGCGUUUUGUUACGGGAAACAAGAUCCUGCGUGUCCUGAAGAGCAAGGGUCUUGCUUCAGAGAUCCCGGAGGAUCUUUACUUCUUGAUCAAGAAGGCUGUGAACAUCAGAAAACAUUUGGAACGCAGCAGAAAGGACAAGGAUGCCAAGUUCCGUCUGAUUCUGGUCGAAAGCAGGAUCCACCGUCUGGCAAGAUACUACAAGACCAAGAGAGUCCUGCCACCAACCUGGAAAUAUGCCUCCGCCACGGCUGCCGCUAUGGUCCAGUAAUUGUUUACCUGUACAGACUUAAUAAAGAAAGAAAAAAAUCAAAAA